UAGAUGAAGCACAAUUGAGUGGAAAAAAUGAUUCCAUUAUUAUUAUUAUUUAGUCUGUUUACUAAUUCCAAUCUAACUUGAUUGUUUUUCUUAGUGCCUAACACUGGCAUCCAACAUCAAUCUCUCAUCUCAUCUUGAUUCAUCAUCAUAUUCACUGUUUUCAUACAUCAUAUUGUCACUUUUAAUAUGAUUAAUGUCAUUAAUAAUGUUUCUAAAUAUUUCAAUUUUAAUCUUUUCAUCUCAACUAACCUUUAUAUUUUCCUAACAGUGUUAGUAAUUUGUUUUCAAUUACCUUUAACCUCAUGUGAAUCCAAUUCAUUACACAAAUCACUAUUUUCAUCUUCAUUGCCAAGUCAUAGUAAAAAGUUUAAAGUAUCAUCCAAAUCACCUGUUAAUUCAAUUGCGUCUGAAUCUGUUUUACGCUUUUACUCGCCUGAUGUGUCCACCAAUUCAAUACCAUUGGGACCUUUUAUUACUGGUAUUCAUGUUGAAAAUGAUCGAGCUUCAGUCGACUCUCUUGGAGUCAACAUCAUCUAUGCAGACACCAAAACUUCAAUCAGACUUUUUGGAACCAAUUUUACUAAUGAUACAUUAAUUGCAUUGACCCGAGUAGCUUCACCCGCCAACACCAAUUGUAAUGAUUUAUCCCGUUUUGAAACCAUGCAAGCAACUUAUUUGACCUCUACAAUGGCCUUGAUUACUAUAAAAGAACCCAAAUCUACCGAUACUCUGUAUUUAUGUGCUAAAAAUGUUGGCCCUGGUCAGGCAAAGUUGAAGCCUAAAAGUUUACAAAAAAAGUCACAAGGUAGUGUUGAUGGCGAGAACACAGUUACACAAUCUGAUUCAAAGUUCAAAAUCAAAGGAAAAGCUCUUUCUUUGUUUACCAAAGGACAGGGAAAUGAAGAGUAUCAAGAUGAAACUGAACAACCGAUACAGAGUAAUUACACUGUCGUUUUCCGUGAUGAUCCUUCAUCUCAACGGUCAACAGUCAUUAAACCUGGAGACUGGAUUCACCAAGGAACCGAGCCUUACCUGACUAUUCAAAUAACUGGACGUCUGCUUCCCCUUGGUUUACAAAUUACACUCAUAUGUGUACUACUCUGUUUAACUGGAUUAUUUGCUGGUUUAAAUUUGGGUUUAAUGUCUUUGGAUAAAAAUGAGCUCAAAGUGAUUGCUUUAAAGGGUGAUGAUGAUGAAAAACGUUAUGCCAAAACCAUUGAGCCACUUCGUCGUCGAGGCAACUUUCUUCUGUGUACCAUUUUAUUGUCAAAUGUGGCCAUCAAUUCAACUCUAACUGUUCUUCUUGAUCAACUUACCAGUGGUAUACUGGCAAUUGCCAUAUCAACUAUACUUAUUGUUAUUAUUGGUGACAUUGUACCUCAAGCUAUAUGCUCACGCCAUGGUCUUGCCGUUGGAGCUAAAACAAUUUGGAUAACAUAUCUAUUCAUGGCUUUAACAGCUCCACUUUCUUGGCCCAUUUCAAAGAUUUUAGACUAUGCAUUGGGUGAUGAAAUUGGCCAAGUUUAUGAUCGGGAACGUCUUAUGGAAUUCAUUAGGAUAACUCGAGAUUAUUCACAAUUGGAACCAGCUGAGGUUAACAUUAUAUCUGGAGCUUUGGAACUGAAAAAGAAGACUGUUGGCCUUAUAAUGACCUGCCUUGAAGACGUUUUCAUGCUUCCCUUGGCCACUCGUCUUGACUUUGAUACAGUCUCUCGUAUUGAAAAAUCUGGUUACUCAAGAAUACCCAUUUACAAGGAUGAUAGGAAAAACAUUGUUGGUCUUUUGUACGUUAAAGAUUUGGCCUUUGUUGAUCCUGAUGAUAACAUGCCAUUAACUACUCUAAUUGAAUAUUAUCGUCAUCCUCUGAUUUAUACCUGGGAAGAUACAACACUGGACAUUGCACUGGCUGCUUUCAAAGAGGGAAAAUCACAUUUAUCAUUUGUUCGUCGACUCUUUGAUGAUGAUGAUCAUACAGAUCCAUAUUAUGAGGUUGUUGGUGUAGUAACAUUGGAAGAUGUUAUUGAGGAAAUUUUACAAACUGAAAUUGUGGAUGAAACUGAUGUGUAUACCGAUAAUCGUUUAAAACAGCGCCGUUUCCGUCCAUCUGAACGAGACAAUUCAGUCUUUUCAUCUUUGAGACACUGUCAAGAUAAUACUGCCAUUUCACCACAGAUGAUCCUAGCAACUUAUCAAUUUUUAUCCUCAUCGUGCUCUCCUUUCGCUAAUCAGUUUAUCACUGAAACAAUUUUACGUCGUCUUCUAAGUCAAAGAAUCUAUUUCCAUCACGUUUACGACCCUGAGAGAGAUGAUCCAGAGCCUCGCAUCCAAAUCUACACCCGAGACAAGCCUGCGGAUUAUUUUGUUAUGAUAUUGGAAGGACGUGUUCAAGUGACGGCUGGUAAAGAGCAAUUGACUUUCUAUGGUGGACCAUUUACUUCAUUUGGAUCGGAUGCAUUGAAAAUUUUACCAAGUUCAACAACAUCAACAAAUGAACAAUUGGAAUCAGCAUUUGUUUACAAACCUGAUUUUACCGUUGAAAUUAUUCAAACUACCACUUAUCUAAAAAUAACUCGUAAAUUGUAUCUUUCUGCAAUCAAGGCUUCACAAAUGGACAGAGGUUCUUCAAAUGUCUCAUCAAAAUCAUUUUCAUUUCCUCCGUUGUCCAGUUCAGCAUCGCUUUCAUUUAUAAUUGAUUCAACUGAACUUUCAAAAGGUUCCAAUAACAAUCCUAAUACAAUUAUCACUACUGAUGCUCAACAGCCACAAAAUGAACUACGAAAUGAACAGGAAACUUCAAGUAAUGAUCUCAAAUUUAAUUCAAGUACAGAAGUCCACAGUUUUAUCAAUCCUUCAUUUGAGAUGGAAAGCUGAUUAUAAUUAUAAAAAUAAUGAUCAGAUAAUUAAUUGUCAUUUUAUAAUAAAACAAAUUAAAAAUAAAAA